AUGCUGGCCCUGUGGCUCAGCGGGUUGCGAAAGCCCCAGGAGUACAUAAAGCAUUCCCUGCCUGGGCACUGCCACCACCAUCAACACUUGGGCUCUCAAGAGGCUCCAGGGACCGGCACUGUCUGUAAGGGACCCUGCUGUUGUGGGCUGGGGACAGCCAGGGACAGGAUGGCCCACACAGAGAGAGCUCUGCCCUGGCUGCUGCUGCUGUCACUGGCCUUGAUGGGCAGCAGCACUGCAGAGCGGGACUGCCGAGUAAGCAGCUUCAAAGUCAAGGAGAACUUCGACAAGACCAGGUACAGUGGCACCUGGUAUGCUAUGGCAAAAAAAGAUCCCGAGGGGCUGUUUCUGCAGGACAAUGUGGUAGCCCAGUUCACCGUAGAUGAGAAUGGACAAAUGACUGCCACUGCAAAGGGCAGAGUCAGACUCUUCAAUAACUGGGAUGUCUGUGCUGACAUGAUUGGCUCUUUCACUGACACAGAGGACCCUGCCAAGUUCAAGAUGAAGUACUGGGGUGUCGCCUCUUUUCUGCAGAAAGGAAAUGAUGAUCACUGGGUAGUGGACACAGAUUACGAUACAUAUGCUCUUCAUUACUCCUGCCGCCAGCUAAAUGCAGAUGGCACUUGUGCUGAUAGCUACUCCUUUGUGUUCUCCCGCGACCCCAAGGGAUUGCCUCCAGAUGCACUGAAAAUUGUCAGACAAAGGCAGAUAGACCUCUGUUUGGACAGAAAAUACAGAGUUAUCGCUCAUAAUGGAUUUUGCUCUUAAGGAGAUCCAGCCCUAUGGAAAGAAACCAUGUAACAGCACCACCGACGUAAAGUUAACACAUUGAUCAUGUGUUCUCUGGAAAAUGCUUUAAAUGGGUCCAUUUAGAUUUUCAAUAUAUUUAUCUGAGCUGUGUAGCUCACCUUGUUAAUAAACCAAUGAAACAUUUUAAUAAACUUGGAUUACAAGGGA